AUGAAGGGCCGGGGACUAUGUGAUGAUGACCUUCGUCACAUUGAAGCACGCAUUCGAAGCAACAGGGCAGAGUCGCUGGAACGUUAUGGUGAAGUUCAAGCAAUGAUGGUUGAGCUGACUGGCGUUCAGCAAUCAAUGAAAGAAGUAAUUCAGCACCUCGAAGACCGCUUGGAGAAAAUGCAGUGGCAAGUGGUAAAGGCUGUGGAGAUGGCUCGCCAAGCCCAGGAAGCAAAGGAGGUGGAGACACACAAAGACCAGCGGGAAGAGCUUAAUAGACUGAAUUUGACUGCGAUGUGUGAGGAAGCGCAGCGAAUAUUUCACGAGAAAGCUUCAGACUUUGCAAGAGCACAGCUCAUCAUGAAAGAAGCAAGAACCGAAGCAGAGGAAGCCCUUCAACUCAGAUGGAGCCGCCCUUGGGUGCAGGAGAUGGACGAGCUGGGCCGGAAGGCGGUGAGCUGA